UCCACAGUGAGAACGUACCACAACAGUAAAUAUCGGGUGACCAUGAGCCCUGGCUUUAGUUCACAGUGGAACAGCAGCCAGCCUCUUUGGAACACAUACACUUUCCCAAGAACAAGCUUGCACUACCAGUCCCAUGCUAGCUACACCUACUGUGCUGGACACACUGCGCAUUCCUAUGCACCAGCUCCCCACCCCAUGGCUCCUCCCAGCCCUAGCACGAACAGUAGCAACAACAACAGCAACUGCAGCAGCGGGGAACAGUUGAGUAAAACCAACUUGUACAUCCGAGGCCUUCCACCAGGCACCACUGACCAGGACCUUAUCAAGCUGUGCCAGCCGUAUGGAAAAAUUGUAUCUACAAAAGCAAUCCUAGACAAAAACACAAAUCAGUGCAAAGGUUAUGGUUUUGUGGAUUUUGACAGUCCAGCAGCAGCACAGAAAGCAGUAGCAUCUCUUAAAGCAAAUGGAGUGCAGGCGCAGAUGGCAAAGCAACAAGAGCAAGACCCCACAAAUCUUUACAUCUCAAAUUUACCCAUUUCCAUGGAUGAGCAGGAACUGGAGAAUAUGCUGAAACCCUUCGGACAUGUCAUUUCCACCAGAAUAUUGAGAGAUGCGAAUGGCGUCAGUAGAGGAGUCGGCUUUGCCAGGAUGGAAUCUACUGAAAAAUGUGAAGUAGUUAUACAGCAUUUUAAUGGAAAGUACCUGAAAACACCACCUGGUGUGCCAGCCCCAACGGAGCCUUUGCUGUGCAAAUUUGCUGAUGGAGGGCAAAAGAAACGACAGAAUCAAAGCAAGUACACGCAGAAUGGGAGGCCAUGGCCGAGGGAAGGAGAGGCUGGCAUGGCCUUGACAUAUGAUCCCACAGCUGCUAUACAGAAUGGAUUUUAUUCCUCACCGUACAGUAUUGCAACAAACCGCAUGAUCCCACAGACAUCUAUCACGCCAUUCAUUGCUGCUUCCCCUGUCUCCACAUAUCAGGUUCAGAGUACUUCAUGGAUGCCUCAUCCGUCAUAUGUUAUGCAACCAACAGGUGCUGUGUUAACGCCAACAAUGGAUCACACAAUGUCCAUGCAGCCAGCAAGUAUGAUGGGCCCCUUGACACAACAGAUGAAUCAUCUUUCCUUGGGCACAACAGGAACGUAUAUGACGGCUGCUGCACCUAUGCAAGGGACCUACAUUCCCCAGUACACUCCUGUGCCUCCAACAGCUGUCCCUCUUGAAGGUGUUGUUGCCGAUACCUCUCCACAGACAGUAGCACCUUCAUCACAGGAAGCCAGUGGUCAACAGCAACAAAUGGCGGUGGAAACAUCCAGUGAACACGCAUCUGCAUAUUCCUAUCAACAGUCAAAGUAAGCUGAUGAUGUUCAUUGACCUGUAGAACAGACAAUAAGCAGGACUGAAGAAUGUCGGACUGAAAGGUUUGCCUUGAAUGGAGAAACUUCACUGAACAAGAAGUUGGCUUCCAGUUUGCACAGGCAUCAACAGAAUUUUUUUUUUCAUUUUCUACCUUACCCAACAACAAAAAGAACUAAACAGUGUUUCUAUGUGCUGUGCAAAUUGUUCAGUCAUGUAGUCUGAUAGUUUUAUUUUUGCUAUUUUUUUAUUAAAGAAAAAAAAACCCAUGGCCAAACACUGGGUUUGAUAUUUCAUCUGGAUGAACAUUUGAAAUUCAGAAUUUACUCGGAAGUGUAGAUAGAUUUUUUUUCCUCGAAACAACAACUGAGAAGCCGACAAUGUCAAGAGGGAGCAAGCUGAAACGAAAAUUAAAGGUCUUCCUCAAGAAAUCAGCUACUCUUCCCCCCCCUUGUUAAAAUCCAAUGUGUCUUUUAUUUUUGGAAGUUUUUUUUUUAAAGAAAAGUUUAGGUAAGGUUUAUCUUGAAUCUUAAUUGCCUUAAUUUUAAGGACGUCAAAAGCUCUUGAGGCAAAGCUGUCAACGUCUCGGUAGAAAAAAGGAGAAUGAAUUCAAGUGCACGCCAGUGUCAACUGGUGCUGAGGUUUCCUAGACUGGAUUUUUAGGGUGAACAAAAAAUAUAUAUAAACUGUACCGUUUAGCAGAAAAUGUUUUUUUUUCUUCUUUUGAAGAAAACACUGUUGAAAAAGGAACUGUGGCGGCUUCAAGAAUCAAAUAAAAUGCUGAGACUUUUAUGAACUUUCUUAAGUGUUGACAGAGAAGAAUCUAGAAGGCUAAAGUGUUUUACAAUAAAGUUAUUGAACUGAGGUGGGGGGAUCAGCUUGCAUUUUCAAGAAUGCAGGGUUUUUUUCCCUUGCAGGAUAGAGAUUUUUGUUUUUUUAAUUUACAAAGCGUGAUCGCCGGCAAAAGCAUUAGUGCUUUUUAUCUGCAGUCUUUUUUAUGAGCUUUAAAAAGUUUUUAGUCUGCUUUGCUUGUCACAUUGCAAACACCUAGCUUAAGAGCAUUGGGGGGGGGGGAACUUACGUAGAUAGGAGCUUAUGGUCAAAAAAGUGCAAAAAAAAGCAAUAGCUAGAAGAAAUUGUUGACAAUUUCUGUAGUCUUUCCUAGUUGUGAUCAAAUGCAGCCUACGGAUGGCCUAUUUUAUACCAAAGAUGAAAUGACACCCUACCGCAGUCCAGAAGAUAGAGGUUUUUUUUUCUUAUUUCUUUCCUUUAAAAAAAAAUCUUUAUUUGACCUACAUGGCCGGACCAGUUCUUAACUUGUGUUUGUUUAAACUAUCUUCCACUGGUGUUUUACAUCCUACAUACUUAGGCUUCCAAUGGACAGGUCUGAGUAGUUGGUACUUAGCAGCACUUAGCAGGAUUUCACAGCGAGAGAAAGGAAUGAGUUGCUGAUGGUUCUACCCAGGUGCAUUUUAACUUUGCUGAGCUUUUCUGCUAUAUUGUCCGGUUCCUUUGGUACUAAAACUGCAGUCUUCCUUCUUCCGUUGCAUCCUAUAGGUUUCAUUUCCUCCCCUCUCCCUCUGUCAUCUUCCAGCCAUCUUCA